AUGAAGUCUGCUGCUUGGAUUUUAGUGCUAAUGUGGCUCAGCCCGGCAUCAGCAGCAUGGGAAUUUCCUCGCGGACCGCAGAUGCCCCUUGGCGGCGGCGGUGGUAGGGAACAUGAUGAGCUUCAUGCUUGGCAUGAUGAAGAUAUCGACAUAAUCACGGGCAGUCAGUUCAAUGGGCUCAAGACUUUUGGUAACCUGCCGUAUGUCAACUGUUUCUCGGACGAGCAGGCAGAGAUAGAGGAUAAUGUCUAUGACAUCGCUGUUAUGGGAGCCCCUUUUGAUACCACUACUACAAGUAGACCUGGGGCGCGCUAUGGACCUCAGGGGAUACGGACGGGUAGCCAGAGGAUUUUUGCAAAAGAGUCUUGGAGCAUAUAUACCGGCAAGAACCUGUUUGCGUCUGGGGCAUCCAUCGUCGACUGCGGGGAUGUCACGCUCACAUGGCUGGAUAACAAUUAUGCAUUGAAGCAGCUCGACAAGGCUCACCAGGUCGUUUCGGGGAGGACUGCGGCCAACACUUCCAUGUCAAAGACACCGAGAAUUCUAACAUUGGGCGGCGAUCACACCACCACACUUUCUGCCUUACGAUCAACAUAUAAGCGUUUUGGACAAGUCUCCGUGAUUCAUAUGGAUUCACACAUUGAUACCUGGGACCCUGCCGUUCUUGGCGGCGGAAUAUCUGAUUAUGCCGGUUUGAACCAUGGGACAUUCUUGCACAUAGCACACGAGGAAGGCCUUAUCAAGAACACCUCCGUCCAUGCCGGGAUUCGCGCCCCUCUCAUUCGGCGAAAGGGAGACCUAAGGAAUGACUUCAGAUGCGGCUUCACCAUCAUCACUGCUCGUGAUUUGGAUAAGCUUGGCGUUUCAGGACUGAUUUCCCGCAUCAAGGAAAGGGUAGGCGAUUCCAAGGUGUAUAUCAGUAUUGACAUCGACGUCCUUGAUCCUGCCUUUGCACCGGCCACAGGCACUGCCGAGCCAGGGGGCUGGUCCACACGAGAGCUCCUGAGUAUUCUGGACGGCCUCACUGGGCUGUCCGUCGUUGGAGCCGACGUUGUCGAGGUUUCCCCGGUGUAUGACAAUGUGGGCGAGACUACGGUCCUGGCCGCGGCGGAGGUGGGCAUGAGUCUUCUCGGGCUGAUGGUGGACACUCCGGUCAAGUCCAAAUAG